GCGCCCCCUCCCGCCCCGCGGGGCCGGGGGACCCCGAUGCGGCGGCCCCGGACGCCCCCUCCCGGCCCCCCCGGGCUCGCAGCCGGGGUCGGUCCCGAUCGGAGACGCCGCGGCCUGAGCGGGGCCCCAUGAAGGGCCCGAGGUGGGGCCCGGGGCGCGGAGCCGCCGGGAGCCGCACCGAGACCUCCAGCCACCCCUCGCCACCGCCCCCCGCCCCUCCGCCCCCCUCCCCACCCCCUCCACCCCCACCCGUGGACCCUCCGUCCUCUUCCUCGACCUCUCGCCGUGGGUCCAGCCCCCCAUCUGGGGGUCGCUACCUUCUGAUCGACAACCAAGGGUUGCCCUAUACGGUGUUGGUAGCCGAACCCGGUGGUCCCGGGACCCUCCGUCGUGCUUUUUCCUGCCCGGUUUGCGGUCGUUCCUUCGAGUACCUGUCCUACCUGCAGCGUCACAGCAUCACCCACUCGGAGCACAAACCCCACGUCUGUCGCGCCUGCGGCAAAGCCUUCAAGAGAACGUCUCACCUGGAACGUCACAAAUACACCCACGCCGGCCGCAAACCCCACGCCUGCCCCCUCUGCCCCCGACGGUUCCGGGACUCGGGGGAGUUGGCCCACCACCAACGCGUUCACACGGGGGAACGACCCUUCCAGUGUCCCCACUGUCACAUGCGUUUCGGGGAGAGGAACACCCUCCAACGACACGUCAGGCGAAAGCAUCUGCCCCGGCCGCCGGCGCCGUGAUGGGGAGGGGAAAGGGGGUGGGAUAGGAGGGGUGGGGGGGGACACACACACAAUGGGGAGAGGAGAGGGGGGUGGAUGUGGGGCUUGUUGUGGAGGGGGGGGGGGGUGGCUACGGAGCUCGACGUGGAGAGAUGGAGGUCCCGGGGUUGGGGAUGUGGAGGGACGGUGGCCACGGAGCUCAGGUAUGGCAAGAUGGUGGCCCUGGAGCUCAUCGCGGGCAGACGGAGAUCCCUGGGUUGGGGACAUGGAAGGGUGGUGGCCCUGGAGCUCGUUGUGGACGGAUGGCGGCCCUGGGGUCGGGGACGGACGGUGGCCCCGGGGCUCCUGCACGGAGGGACGGUGGCCCUGGGGACAGGGUCUGCGCCGCCCAGCCCCCUGUGAAGCUGCUCCCCCCGCCCCCCCGUGCCAGGCCCCCCCCAGUUGUCAUCCCCCCCCCCCCCCCGGUCUCCCCAACUUGAUGUUGGUUUUGGUUUUUAAUUAUUAUUAAAAAGCUCUUGUU